AUGGUGCGUCAGCUGCACGACGGUAUGAUGGCGCGAGUCACGGACAACGGAGCUGUCUCAGAGGCAUUCGCAGUGACCAAUGGAGUGAAGCAGGGCUGCGUACUGGCGCCUACCCUCUUCAGUCUUAUGUUCUCUGCCAUGCUGAUGGACGCCUACCGCGACGAACGCCCCGGGAUCCGCAUCGCCUACAGGAUGGACGGUCACCUCCUGAAUCAACGGCGGAUGCACUUCCAAUCGCGCGUAUCCACAACCACCGUGCACGAACUCCUCUUCGCCGACGACUGCAUCCUGAACACCACCUCGGAAGAGGACAUGCAACGGAGCAUGGGCCUGUUCUCCGCCGCCUGCGAGAACUUCGGUCUGGUCAUUAACACGCAGAAGACGGUGGUGAUGCACCAACCGCCACCCAACUCAGUCACAGCCCCCAACGCGCCGCCGCACAUCAGCGUGAACGGAACCCAACUGCAAGUGGUGGAGAACUUCUCGUACCUGGGCAGUACCCUCUCCCGGAACACCAAGAUCGAUGACGAAGUCGCCAACAGGAUCUCGAAAGCCAGUCAAGCCUUCGGUCGCCUCCAAAGCACAGUUUGGAAUCGUCACGGUCUCCAACUGAGCACGAAGCUGAAGAUGUACAAGGCCGUCAUCCUGCCGACACUACUGUAUGGAGCGGAGACGUGGACGGUGUACAUGAGGCAGGCGCGCCGACUGAAUCACUUCCACCUCAGUUGUCUCCGUCGCAUCCUGAGGCUGAACUGGCAGGAUCGCAUCCCCGACACUGAUGUGCUAGAACGUACGGGAAUGCUCAGCAUCCACACCAUGCUGAGGCAAAUGCAUUUGCGCUGGAGCGGCCACCUGGUGCGCAUGGACGACAAGCGACUACCCAAACGACUCUUCUACGGAGACGUCGUGACUGGUUCUCGCCGUCAAGGAGGCCAGAUUCGACGUUACAAGGAUACCCUGAAGUCCUCCCUGAAACGCCUGCAAAUCAACCCCACCAACUGGGAGUAG